UCACAGCAGGCCUGGUGAACCAUCCUGCCAGAUCUUGAAGUGUGUUCACAGCUGCUUCUCACUCUUCCACGAAGUCUUCUCUGCUUCUUGAAUACCAAGGCCUGAUGUACCCAAGAAGCAAUUUCUGGUAGAAAUCUGAAGAUUAUCUUUAAGGAAUAAAGGUCAAUGAAUUAAGGACAAGAAGGUUUCAAAUCAGUCCCUGCUAUGUGGAUAUUUGUUAGCAAUGACUGAUGUGGAAACUACAUAUGCAGAUUUUAUUGCUUCAGGAAGAACAGGUAGAAGAAAUGCAAUACAUGACAUUCUGGUUUCCUCUGCAAGUGGCAACAGCAAUGAAUUAGCCUUGAAAUUAGCAGGUCUUGAUAUCAACAAGACAGAAGGUGAAGACAAUGGACAGAGAAGCUCCACAGAACAAAGUGGGGAAGCACAGGGAGAAGCCGCCAAAUCUGAAAGCUAACACUUCAUUCUGACCUUCAACAACACCUAACAAUGUGGCGAAUCUCCUGGAAUUGCUCAGAUGUAUUUGCUGCCAUGAGUGAAAAGGAGGAGAAGAAAAUGGCUGUGCUGCAUGGCAAGAAGCUGUUCGCUGCCAUGUUAAAAGUGAGGGCAGAGCCUGUGUCUGCAGACAGCCUUUUCCCUACCUCUGUCAAUAGCAAUGGUUGAAAUCGCCUAGCCUGUGCUUGGAUAUCAUUUUUGUAUGGGUCCUUUCACUUGACCGUGUAAUGAAAUGCUUGUAGAGAGUAGCACCAACCUCACUGAUGAUUCCUGUAGCAUCUGGCCCCUCAUGAUGUCAGAGUAUUUAAUUGUGUCUAAUUGAAAAGGGUUGGUUGAACCCCAGAGUUUCAUUAUCUCUGGCUGGAGUAUUCACCCAGUAAAAGAACCAUCCAGAGAGCACUGUUAGCGUUCUGUCCCUGUGUGUUAGUGCUGUGUUAUUUACACUGUUUUGUAUCGUACAGUAUACCUGCUCAGCACUGCCCUUUGAUUGCUUGUGUAAAAGAAAAUGAUGUACAUUACUGUGAAUUUUUAUACCAUUCAUUUUUUAAAGGGCUGCCUUUUUAAUUUCCCAUAGUGUUGUGGCGUGCACGGGAAGAACAUACUUUUGUAAAACACUACUUUCCUCUUAAAAACUGUGUGCUGACGGUUAAGUCCACCAGAUUCACCGAGACCCCUUUGCUUUAUUACACAGGCAUUUGGAAAUAUCCAUUAAUGUGAAUAUUGCCUGAGUUCAGUCUUCUCGGUAUCUGCACAAACAAGAAUUCUAUCAAUAUUGAUCUUAUUUCUAAAUAAGAAAUAAAUAUUUCAACUAAUAUUCUAAUUUUUCAUAAUAAGAACUUUCAAAAAUUGAGAAGGUACAGGUGGAUCUCUGUGAUUUCGAGGCCAGCCUGGUCUCCAGAGCUAGUGCCAGGAUAGGCUCCAAAGGUACACAGAGAAACCCUGUCUUGGAAAAAAAAAUUAAGAAAAAGAAAAGAAAUUGAGAAGGUAGAAAAAAAGCCAGGCAAAACUAAUAACUGAAAAUACUGUGCUCUGUGGAUCAGUUUUCUCAUGCCAAUGUGUGCCACUGUUUAAAUCUGGAGGAUGGCUUGGAAGAAAGUACUCUUCUUCCAACCCUGUGGUUAAUAGUCCAAAACAUGAAGCGUUUGUGUUGUGUUCCACCAUGUCCUUUUUCAGCCCUUUCAUAUCCAGCUGUUAUUAUGCACUUUUUAAUGUUUGUAAACUUUUACUAAUGUUAGUGUAAAUUGCAUUCUGAUACAAUAAUUAUCUCCUAACCACACUUUUACUGAUGCUGUUGAUGGUCUAUGGUGUGUUUUGACAUCAUGAUUCUUGUAUGGAAAAUUUCUGUGGCCUAUGUAACUCUUCUGGUCAGUAUUAUGAAACCAACUAUCUGUGGUAGUAAAUAAGGACCCAGUAAGAUGUCCAGGGUUCAUGAAUUGUGGGACAAAUAACAGACGACAGAAGACCUUUGCAACAAAAGAUCCCCUAAGUUUCCUGGAAGGCAUAGCUACAGUUCCAGGUUAAAGAAAGAGCAGUGUUUCAACACAGUCCAUGGAUGUGAUAGGAACUUAGCCUGUCUCUGUAGUUAACUCACAAGGUGGAAGUGAUACCUGCUCACAUCUUCCUUUACAGUGCAUUGUUUACUGACUGGGAGUACAUGAGUCUCAUUCAGUCCCCAACUGGAAGUUUUCCAGAAAAACAAGGAAUAUUAAAUAUGUCUUUCUGGAUAUAGAACAGCAAAUAGAUUUAAGUAUGGGAUGCCUGGCUUUGAUCUAACUCAUUGGAGGCUAGUUAGGAGGGAAACAAAUCUACCCAUAGAUAGACUCAAACAUGUUGUUAGAAGCUUUCGGGCCUGUUUAGACAAUCUUUGAUAAUCUAUUUAAAACAUUCAACAGUUUUCGAAGUCCUUGUUUAAUUAUCCUUAUAGCUUUCUUGUGAAUAUGAAGUUCAUUCUUAAAGUUGUAGAAUUCCAAACUGAUUUCACGUGUGUUUUGUAAAGUUUAAAACCAGUGCUGAGUCUAUGUGGAAGGCUUAUAUCCCUGUGCGAUAUACUAUUACCAAUGCAUGUGGUGCCACGCUUGUCUUCAAAUAUAGAAGUAGUGCUAAAUGGAGAAGUCAUAUGGAGCUUUUGAUUUGGUUUGGCCUCUUACUACUACCUUGUAUACUGUAUUCAAAUACAGAGGUAUUCUCACACUGAGAAAGAAAAAAAAAUCAUUCUCGAUCUCCCACAUUUUAUCAAUUUUUCUUGGCAAAAGUGCAUAGAAUCUCCUACUUUUAUUUUAAUAUCUGCUAUUUGCAACUAAAGUAAUAAUACGAAUGGAUCUGUAACGACAGCUGGAAGAGGAGAUAACCCAAACAAGUGUUUGUUAACUAUCCCAACUGAGUCACUUCGGAACCCUUUCUUUCAACUCUUCAAACACACCAUUUAGAAUUCAAUGUUUCUCCCCUUUACACACUGGGACGUGAAUAUGAAUAAGGACUACUUUUUACAAGAUUAGAAAGCUAAUUUGAGCCCAUGUUUAUCUAUCAACAGAAUUUUGAUUCCACAUAUCAUAAAAUUAAAGCUAACUUCACAGCAUAUUUCCCUGUAUAGAAAAUGUUAGCAAAGCCCUCCUUCAGCUUGCAUUUUACAGAGAAGGAAUGUGAGUUUCAAUAGGGACUUGCCUUUCUUGUGAUUUGACAAUGGGUCAAUGACACAUCUGGCUAAACCCACCUUUAUUUUUGUUUUAUGGGUUUUUAAUAUUUAAUUAUACCUUAUUUUGAGAGUUUACUUCUGACAUGUAAACUGAAAGUUUACAAAGGUUUAUGUUGUGAAUGUGUAUCAAUAUCCUAUGCUUUUUAUUUAAUUACCAAGAAACACAAAGAUUUCUGUUUUUGAAACAUUGACAAUGAGUGACAAGUUGUUGUAUUUACCUUUUUCCAACUGAGAGCAUUUUAUGUCCAUGCAUGUUCAUCCCAAGUUCACAGAUAUGCUCUCUACUUUGUAAAAGAAAUCAUGACAUUCAUUUUUCAGGAAAUACCAACAUAGUAGUCCACUGUUGAUGCUCUACCCUACCCCCCCCCGCCCCGAGUCUUCCUCGGACAUGGCAGCCAGGCAACAUUUUAGAAAAUGAAUGGAAUUUCUAUUUCUUCUCAGAGGAAAUAAUAAUAAUAGAACCAAUAAAAGAAAAGAAAAUAUGUAACUGUUGGGCAGCGAGCUUCUGAGUUAAUCCUGCAAUAGUAAGGAGAAAAUGUGUAGUCAUUAAAUAAAAACAAGGAAGGAUCCAUAAUUGAUGAUGUCUUAGAAGCCCAGUAUUGUUCUUUGACUGGCAGCCUUUGAAGUCAUUGUGAGCUUCUAUGACUUUUGUAUUUAGCAAUGUUGCAUGCUCACAUGAUUGAUAUUAAAAGCAGAACUUGUCUUCUGAAA